UUCUCCUCCCUCGUAAGGGAGAACUCAACACAAUCUUCUAUGCGGAAAUAAAACACAAAUCCCAACCCCAAAACAAUUCUCACUUUCUUCUUUCCCCCUUCUUUUGUUUUUUAUUUCUCCUUUCGUCUCGCCUCUCUCUCUCUCUCUCUCUCUCUCUCUCUCUCUCUCCCCAAUGUCUCCGGAUCCAAAAACUCCAAAUUAGGGUUUUCGCCAAAUCGCAACUUCUCCCAGAAACCGCUACAAAGAUGUGAUUCCACGAAGCGAUUCCCCGUCCCAUUAGAAAUCGAAUCAUCUCAUCCGAAUCUCAGUCGGUUUCUAUUCUCCGAUUUAGGGUUUUCUCCGUCCCUACGUCUCUCUCUCUCUCUCUCUCUCUUCUGUGAUUUUGGGGAGAAUUUCUUCUUAUGAAGGAUCCGUUCGAUCGCACGAAAGUAGUGGUGCGGCACUUGCCGCCCGCGAUUCCGCAGUCUGCGCUCAUGGAACAGAUCGACAGCCGUUUCGCCGGUCGAUACAAGUGGCUCUGCUUUCGGCCUGGCAAGAACAGCCAGAAGAAUCAGCAACAUUCUCGAGUCUACAUUGAUUUCAAGAGGCCAGAGGAUGUCGUCGAGUUUGCAGAGUUCUUCGAUGGCCAUGUUUUUGUUAUUGAGAAGGGUACCCAAUUUAAGACAAUUGUCGAAUAUGCGCCGUCACAACGCACUCCGAAGGCAUGGUCCAAAAAAGAUGGUCGGGAGGGGACCAUAUUCAAAGAUCCCGAGUAUUUGGAGUUCCUUGAUCUCAUCGCAAAGCCUGCUGAGAAUCUUCCUAGCGCGGAGAUACAACUGGAAAGAAGAGAAGCAGAACGAGCUGGUGGGCCAAAGGACACACUCAUUGUUACACCUCUGAUGGAUUUUGUUCGACAAAAAAGAGCUGCUAAGAGUGGUUCUCAGAGGCCAUCAUCUAAUGGAAAGAUUACUAGAAAAGCUGGGGGAGUUUCAUCUAGCAAUUCUAGUUCAGCUUCUACCAAGCGAGCUACUGAGAGGCGAAGGGGUCCCACUUCAAUGUAUGUUCUAAGGGACAGCAUGAAGAAUGUGGGUGGCAAAGAGAAGUCUACAUAUGUUUUAGUGUCAAGGCGAGAUGAGCAUCAGCUUACAGAAAAGUCCAUUGCUCUAGGUGCUGCAACUGGUGCAGAAAUAUUAGAAGAUGAAAGUGUUCCUGGCACUGAUGGUGCUACUUCUGGAUUAUGUGGAACCAUUGAAACUGGAAAGAGGAGACUCCCUCUGAAAGGGAAAGAGAGAGAAGUUUCUCAGGCAUCUGGUGUUGUAUCUCCAGUGAGAAGUUCAAGUGGAUUCAGACAGAACCAGCGCCGCGAGGGUAGUGGAAGGAUGAUUAGAAGCAUAUCUAUAAACAAGGAAGCGCGUCAGCAUCAAUCAUCAUCAUUAGCAGUCCAGUCUGAGCAGCAAGCACUGAAUUUGGAGAAGGACAAACGACCACCUCGGCCAAACAUCAUACGUUCUGUUUUAAAGGAUUACAUUGGUAGUAUUGGACCACCAGCAGGUCUCUCUGACACUGAUACCAAAAGGACUGUAGAUGAUAAGGUUGUUGGAAAUGAUCUGCAUAGCUUUGUCCCCACCAAUGAAAAACAAGACAGACGCAUGAGAAAUAAGGACAGACCUGAUCGUGGUGUUUGGACUCCAAUGCGUCGUUCAGAUGGUUCACAUGCCAGUGAUGAAUCCCUCUCUUCAUCGUCUUCCCUGCCUGUGCAGUUUCUGUCAGAUUCUUUAGAAGGCAUGUCUAAACUUGGGGAUGAUGUAGCAGAGGACACAGAUAUUAGUAGUACUUCAUCCUUCACCAGUGCAAAAUCUCGAAAUGUGGAUGUGGGUUUUCACAAUUCUCGGUUAGGUCGCGGUAGUAAUUCAUCGUCUACCUACGAUUUUCCAUUAAAUCAUGGAGAAAUGAAGGUUGACAUUCUCAGUGCAAGCAAGAGUGGAGAAAUUAGAACUCAUGGAAGUAGCCGUAGCAGUCCUAUUGAGAAUGGUUCUAACCAUAGAUUUGUUGGCCGCCGCGGACCAGCAGCCCACUCACCGAAGGAAGUUGAUGGCUCCCUGAAUCUUUCUGAGGGAAAGCCUCCCAAGAGAGGAGGUGCUACUGGCUAUGGUUCCCACGAGAAACAAGUAUGGGUUCAGAAGUCAGGUUCAGGUUCUUAGUGUUUUUAAAAUGGUUACCCGCUUGUUCUAAAAGAUCAAGCUCCUGGAUUUCUUUGGCCAACUCAUCAAACUCAGCCUCCCGCUCCCUAAGAACCUCUUUUUCCUCAAUCUGAGCUUAUCUUUUAACAUUCUAAGCUUCUUGAAUAGACGGAAACCAGCAAAUCCCUCUACUUGAAAAGACUCCCACCUCUUGGCAACCAACUCCUUAAAUCCUUCUAUCUCCAACGAAGCCAACUCAAAUAUGAAAGGUCUCGGGCCCCAGUUUCUCCAUGGAUAGAUGAAUUUUACACCAUUUACAAUUGUCAAAAGUCCACUACCAUACAUGUGGAGGCCCAUAUAUAGAUGGUUAAGAUUGACUGAAAUGAGUACGUGUACAAAUAUUCUCCAUUUACAAUAGGACUUCACUAUUUGGAUGGUCUUGAUAGCUCUACAUCAUUGCCUCGUGUGAAAAGGAUGGGUUACCACCAUUUUACAUAAAAAUGAACAAACAACAUUUAAAAUCUCUUUCUUUUGAAACCUAAUUAUUGUCUAGCGUACACUACAUAUGCUACACACUAUGUAGCUUGUAACGUACACUACAUGGGGUGCGCUAGAAGGGAAAUGCACUUCUUUUGCAUGUGUCGUAGCAUGUAGGCUAGGCUACACUACAUAACAUAGCGACACCAUUUAAAACACUACUUUGGCCAGAUGAUAUUAACCAUAUGGGCUAUGCACUGGAAAAUGGAUGGUUAUAUGUAUGAGGAUGGAUCCAGGUCUUCCUCUGUCUACUUAUCUCAGGCUUGCUCAUUGUGAGGGUAAACUAGCAAAGCAUUUGUGGGAUAAAGCUAUUGAAAUAAUGGGAGGAAGCUGUCAAGAUGGAAGAGCAGGCACUUAGCGUUAGGAGCAGGAUCACGCUUAUCAAAUUUGCCCUGUCCAAUCUUCCCUUGUACUAUAUGUCAUUAUUUAGAUGUUUGAAGUCAGUUUUUGCGUGUUUGGAAAGAUUGGGGGAUUUUCUAUAGCAAGGUGCCGUUGAUAAGCACAGGUUUCAUUUGUUGGAUUUGGAGAAAUUGGUAGGCCUUAUGGGGAAUGAGGCACGGGUAUAUUAGAAGAUUGGGUGAGAUGAAUCAAACUUUAUCGGGUAAGUGGGUAUGGAGAUUUGUGGCAGAAGAGGGUAGUUUAUGGAGGGAGUGGGUAGGAAAUAUGGGUUUCGAGAGGAUCUUUGGUGGAUAAAGGCAUCAUCAAUGUAUAGAACAUCAUCGCUUUGGAAAGUGGUGGCUUCUUUAAAAGAAAAAGUUUUAAGGGGUGCGUUUCUCUUUGGGAAAUGGUGAGAGGAUUAGAUUCUAGGAAGAUGCUGGGGUUGGAGAUAAAAAGUUGAGCGAGUCUUUACCCCUCUUAGCAAGGAUCUUGUUAGAAGGAAAUUUGCUGGUGGCUGGGUACUUCUUAAUCGAGGGAGAGAAUGUUAUUUGGACUCUUCUUUGUAGGUGAAAUUUAAAUGAGGAAGAGUUAGCAGAAUAUUUGAGUUUGUUGGAAGUUUUGAGUAAGGUUCAUCCGAUGAUUCAUCAAAGAGACUUGAUGAGAUGUUUAGAAGAAAAGUCUGGCAAGUUUUCAGUCAAAUCUCUUUAUCGAAGGUUCAAUCGUGAGUACUUUGUUCUGAGGCGUGUCACACAGUACCUAUGACGUUAUGGCGCUCCUCCGAAGGUGGCGGUGUUGGCUUGGUUAGUGGGAAGGAACAAACUACUCAUGAUUGAUAAUUUGCGCAAGAGAAGAAUGAUUCUCCCAAACGUGUCUUAUGUGUUAUUAAGAUGAGGAAUCGGUGGAUCAUCUUUUCAUUCAUUUUGAGUUCGCCAAGGGGGUGUAGGAUGUUUUUUUUUUUU